CGACAUUGGGAGUCUUCGGGGUUCUUCCUCGCUACAAUUUGCCGCUAACCCCAAAGAGCUUACCUCCGCAGCACACACAACCUUGGACCGUGAAACGAAGGGACUGACUGACCACAUCCCCAGGUAUCGUGGGCCUCGGCAAGCUCUAGAACGAGAUUUGCGCGAUCACAACUCCACCUCUGAUUCGUUUCUCCGAUCGCAGUCGAGUCUCGUUCGCUCUGCUGGGGCCACCAACAUCCCGCCAUCCCGUGGUUGCUGGGGAGGGGGCCACGAGCGGCUCAGUGUUUCUCGCCAUUGGUUUCUUCGAUCCCCUUCUGUGCGGGACUCUGCCGCAUGUACACUAACCCGAACUGAAACACCGAUGCCGCUGUGCUCUGGCAAAAUCUCUCUCAUCGGGCUCGCUCUUUCUCCUGAUCUUUCGUAUUUCUGCGAGCUCGUCCAGGCAAGACGGGGUCUUUGCCCUGUUUCCGCUCGCCGGUCGCUGCUCACGGGGAGAUUGUAACAGAAGCAGCGAUCACUGCUCACGCUCAGUUGCGGUCACUGCUCUCGGUUCUUGGCCGCCUGUGCCGCUGCUGUCCAAGAACUGCGCAGUUGCUCAGUCUCUGGCUAUUGCAUCCUCCAAGGCAUACCAUUCCGUGCCGAAAUCGGCUGCACUAACGCCUUGUAACGCCGUGAAGCGACGCGCCUCGUAACGCGAACGAGCGGCAUCUCUUUCCUGAUUAUCAUUCGGCGACACGGACGACCAGAUUCGCACCCUGGCAGAAGCCACUGCUACUACCCGCUGACCUCCAAGAACCGGCGGUUCAUUCCGUCAAACCCACUGCAGCAUGGGUGACGUCUGCCAUCUCCCACCGCCGGGCGAAACGCUCGUCCUUGCUCGCUCCGCUGCUCCUUCCGCGCGGGGGCCUCUCAUCCACGCAUCUCCCCCUCCCCCCGCCUCUGCGCUCGUCCGCCUCUUCUCCUCCUGCCUCGCCUGCGCGCCCUGGAUUUCCGAUGCCAUCGCCGCCACCGGCGGAGGGAAAUUGCCCGCCGGCAGAAAUGGCAACAAGCUGACGUGGAGGGAUCCUAUCGAUGACGUGGAGCACGUGGAGGAGGGAGGAGCUGCGCGAGUUGAAGCGGAAAUGGCGGAGCGGGGUAAGGGUGGGAUUAUCAGCAAGCCCUUAAGCCAGAACGGCGGCGGCGGCGGCGGCGGCGGGGGCAGCGGUGGCGGCUCUCCAAGCGACGCCGUCGCCGUUGGCGGCAUGUCGCGCGGGUGGUCGAACGACGACGUGACGGCUCUCCCGAUGGACAUGCAGCCUCGUAGCGGCGGCGGCGGCAACGUGGCGAGCAAGGGCGCGAACGGCGUGGUGGCGGGUAUGCAGCUGAAGUCGCCAUCGGACCAGGCGCAGUGGCGCGCCGGCAGCCUGAGACACCUCUUCUCGCUCGUGACGCCCGGCAUGCUGGAGGAUUCGGAGCUGCCGCCCGGGCGGCGGGCCAUAGUGGACCACAGCAUGCGCGUGCUGCGGGAGAACGACCUGGGCGGCUACACCAUCCCCACGCAGGGGCUCUACCCUUUCCAGUGGAACUGGGACAGCGCCAUAGUGGCGGCAGGCUGGGCGGUAUUCGACGAGCCGCGCGCGUGGCAGGAGAUCGAGAUGCUCAUGUCGGGGCAGUGGGCGGACGGCAUGGUGCCCUCCAUCCUUUUUCACCGCCCCACCGACUCCUACUUCCCCGGCCCGGAGAUCUGGGGCAGCAAGGAGCGCCCCAGCCCGUCCACGGGGAUCACGCAGCCGCCUGUGGCGACGCUGUCGGUGAGGUUCUUGUUCGAGCACGCAGUGGAUAAGGACUUGGCGAAGGAGAAGAUGGAGCUGCUGUUUCCGAAGCUGCUCGCGUGGCACCGCUGGUGGUACAAGGCGCGUGAUCCGCUGGGCACGGGCGUGGUGGCGAUUCUCCACCCGUGGGAGAGCGGCAUGGACAACAGCCCGGCGUGGGACGAGGCGAUGCAAUUCCCCAUCAUGGACCUGCCGCCGUACCAGCGCCGCGACCUCACGCACGUUGACGCCGCCAUGCGCCCCGACAAGGCCACCUACGACCGAUACCUCACCCUGCUCUACACGUUCAAGAACACCAACUUCUACGACUCGGCGCGGCUGUACCACAUCUCGCCCUUCCGCGUGACGGACCUGUGCAUCAACUCCAUCCUGCUGCGUGCCAACCGCGACCUGCGCUGGCUCGCGCUCAAGCUGGGCCGCGAGGACGUGGCGGCGGAGAUCGAGGGGUGGCUGGACGCGGGCUUCCGGGGCUUCGAGACGCUGUGGGACGAGCGGGACGGCAUCUUCAAGUGCAAGGACCAGCUCACUGGCAAACUGCUGGACGCUCGCACAUCCGCGGGCUUCCUGCCGCUCUUCGCAGGCGCCGCAUCGAAGAAGCAGGCGGCGCGGCUGGCGGCUACACUGCAGCGGUGGCAGGAGCAGGUGCCGUACGGCGUGCCCAGCACGGACCCCUCCGACCCGCGCUUUGAGGCGCUGCGGUACUGGCGCGGGCCCGUGUGGCUCAUCAUCAACUGGAUGGUGUCCAACGGACUCAAGCACUACGGCAUGUCGGAGCUUGCUGAGAAGGUGCGCAACAGCUCCCUGCACCUCACGUCGCAAGCGGGCCUGCACGAGUACUUUGACCCGCUCACCGGCGCAGGGGCGGGUGGGGGGAACUUCUCUUGGACCGCCGCCAUGUGCCUGGCGUGGCUGGACCGCCCUGCUGCUUCUGCCAUUGGCCACCGCAUGAGUGGGCCCAAGCGGCCCUCGGAGGUGGCUCUGAAUGCCAUGGAUAGCUCGUCGUGAUGGUUGAUUGGGAAUGCGCAGAUGAAUCAAUGGCGAAUGGUUGGAUGAUGAGCUUGGUUCAGGUGUGGCUUUGGUUAUGUUUCUUGUUGCGGUGGGUGGUCUUUGGUGUACUUGCAGCCUGGGUAGGUAUAGGGGGGAGUGGGGGGUUGUGCUUGUACAUGUUAUCUAUUGUUGGUUGACUACUCUCAGCUGAUUUCUUGGUUGACAGUGAGUGUUUUUUAUCUGACUCUGGAAUGCUAACCGUAAUUCAAUAAAUCUCUGGCUAAAAA